ACUGAGCACAAAGAGAAAGACCGCAGCAGGAAGGUUAAACCGUGAAAACAAUAAGAACAGCAGAGGAAGAAAAAUUCAUCUAAAUCUGAGACGAAAAAAUGAAGGUGCUGGAGUACUUGAGUCUUGGGAUGCUUGCCUUUAUUAUCACAGAGGCUGGAUGUGAGAGAGCUGAGGUGCUGGUUGAAGCAGGCUCUCAGGCUGUUCUACCCUGUAAGAGCAGUUCUCUGACUCAACAUAACCCCCACAUCCUGUGGACUAAAGCAAACAAAGGCACUGUUUGGAGGAUGCAGCAGAGCGGUCUGCAGUACUGGGGCUCUAGCUGGAUAAACAGAGGGAGCCAGCUGCAGCGCAUCCGGUGCCCCCACUCCUACUUCGACAAAGGGGAUUACAGUCUGCAGAUCAACAGCGUCACAGAGGAGGACGGAGGUCUGUACGUCUGCCAUGUGAGGUUUGGGAACCAGGAUGUUGAACGCGAAGUUAUGCUCAGAAUUAUCACAGUGUCCUUCUCUCCGUCGGCGCCCGUCUCGGGGAUGGAAGUCUUUAUAAGUUGUGGAGUGACUCCGAGGAUUGGCAGAACCUCCGUGCAGUGGAUGUUGAACAACAGUCCGUUUGUGCCUCAGAAAGGCAACAGCCCAAUCAAAUAUGCGAGUAUUAUUAAAGCGAAAGCGUCAGUGAGUGGAAAGUGGACCUGUGUUGUGAACUAUGAUGGCAAAGAGGGGAAAGCUUCAGCCUCUAUGUCUGUGCGAGGAAUCGUCCAGCCAUCUGAAGACAACACCCGGCUGUAUGCUGCCGUGGGGUCUGCAGCCACUCUGCCCUGCGUCUUCUCCCCUGAUCUGAAGCCUCUGAGCUCAGCGUGGCAGAAACUGAAGCAGGGCUCUCGUCUUUCACCUGCUGUGGAUCAGCUCCCUUCUUCUCUCGCUGCGUCCGCCACGCCCGAUGACAAAUCUGCCUCUCUGAGCGAGGUCAGCUAUGAGCAUGCGGGCAACUACAGCUGUGCUGGAACCGUACAGGGCCAGAGGUUAACCAGAACGAUGCAGCUGGUUGUCGCUAAAAUCGUCCGAUCGCAGGAAGGAUCCUCCGUGACGCUGACCUGCCACCUGAGCGACGCCACAGAGGUCACCGGGUACGAGUGGAUCCCCGUGGCGUACGACCACAACGGCACGGAGUCAGAAGGGCCCAUUCUCCAGGGACGGAGCGUGAGCCUGAGCGGCGUCUCACAGGAGAAGUGGAGCCAGUGGACCUGUCGGUUCUAUGGAGAAAAAGGCCUUCUGGGAAAUGUGACUCACCACAUUGGACCGAUGACUGGUUUAUUUAGACAGGAAUCAUCUGGCGAGCCACAAAAACCAGCCGCUAUCAUCGGAUUCAUCGGACUCGGCUUCCUCCUGUUGUUUCUGCUGCUGAUUCUGCUUCAGGUGUACAAAAACCACCAAAGGAGAAAAAGGAUUUUGCAGUAUCCGGCGCUGGAGACAAUUGUUCAUACCGUCUCCAAUGAGCGUGAGGAGAGACAAAGAAACCGAGUGAAAAAAUAAAGUUCAAAUACGGUGAAGAUAUUUUUAAAAUAUUACAGCACUAAGCUACAGUAAAAAGCCUUUAUCUUUCUUCCCUCUGUGUGCUCGGAGAGUGUACGUUACAUGAAAUUUGUAAAUAUAUUUCACACCUGAUGUAGCAACGUUUUCAUGUGUCAAGAAAGAUGUGCAACUGUAGAUAUUUUGCAUCGCUUUGAUUGUGUGUUUGCAUGGACUGUACAUAUUGACCACAAAAAGAAUAAAGAGCGUUUUUACAGAAAUAAAUCAGAUUUUAUUUGCUGGCAACAUAUACAAAAUAAAUUCAUCUAAAAGAAACUUCAUUACUGGUAUAAAUAAAAUAUACAGUAAUAGAAAAAUCUUUUGUAUAUUUACACAAAACACUGGACACACUUUGUACUUUAAGUACACUAUACAUAGCAGUUUUGUUUUUUUGUGCAAAUAU